UGUAGAGUUAGAUAGUGGUGCGAUUUAUUUUCCACCCAUCUUUUCUGUGGCAUAAUGUGCAAUUCAUACUCCGACCUGUAAAAGACAGCAAGACAGUGUCAAUUCUGCCUGCCGGAAACUCACAGGAAGAAGUAAACUUAUGCUAGGACAAAAUUUGAAUAUUUACCUUACUGAGUCGUUGGAAUAAAGUUAUUUAUUAUUGUCUAUUCUAUUCUAACACACUGUUAUUUGUAAGCAAGUCUGCUUUGAGCUUGAAAGAUACUGAUCAGAGGAGAUUUUAUGUGUAAUGUAAUAAGGAGUACCGUAAUUCAAAGGUCAGCGCGCAUUCCCUUUUCAUUUAACCACACCCUUUAAGCUAUGACGCCAACAAAUAAGAUUCCUUUCUCUUCUGUGUAAACGGAAGUGAACAGGUGACUUAGAACCAUUUUCAAGCUAACGUUUUUAUUGUUAUUAUUUGGACGUUUAUUAACGCAAUGGAACCUUAAAAUAUGAUCCAUUUAACUGCACAGCAUCACAUACUUACCUCAUGUAGUCUUUAAUUCGCGUUGGAGAUAGGACUUGAUAUAUGUUAUCUAGGUAAUGCUAGCUAGCUGCAAAAGUUAGCAAACAAUGGCUAACUGUAUGGUUUUUCACACUCAAAUAGCCUCCAUCAUGGAGGUGCUAGCGAAUGCAGCAGUGGCAGAGAUCUGUAAAAUCGUAGACGACGACUAUGCAGUGAUUCGUUUGGAAAUUUCUCAAAGCCAGAAAGAAAACAGGGGAUUGCGGAGGAAGCUACAGCUAUUGGAACUAAAGGUGUCACGGGAGCGCGCAGAGAGGACAAUUCGAGAGCGCGUCCUCGCCAGUCGUCCCAGUAGUGUCAAGAUCCUCGACCGAUACAGAGGAAUGGAAAGAGGUGAAGGACAUCUUACUGGAGGCCACAGGGGCUUUGUGAAGCCAGCAGGACACAACUCGUGGAGAGAUGACCAACCCAUAUCUAUAGAUGAGGGUUGUGGAACCUCAACCCAGCAUGUUAUCGUAAUAGAGUCUGCAGAUGCAGAGGCUGCAGGUCCUGGAGAAUCGUCUCUCGUCAAGCAGGAGAGGACUGAAGGAGAUGACCCACGACACAGCAGAGACAUCCAGACUGGCGUAGUGGCUGGAGUGGUGCCCCCUUUAGCCACGGAGGACCCUGCUGCCCCGCCCCAGCCUAAGAACCGAUGCAGCAUCAUGGAGGAAGAGGGUCCAGAGGUGCUGCUGCUGAAGGAGGAGGGGUGUGAGGAGGGUCUGAGGAACCCUGAGGGGACCAUGGUCAUGGAGGACAACCAGACUCCACCUCCUCCUGAACCCACAGACGAACCAGCUGAGCAGCACAGGACCACACACAGUCUCACUGAGUCAGUAGACAUGGAGGAUGGGAAGCCUGAUCUGCUGCUGGUCAAAGAAGAGACAAUGAAGGACGGACCAGAGAGCAUUGACCUGCGGAGUGGACUAAAGAUGGGGGAGCAAGGUGGUUGGCUGGAGGCAAACAGAGGAGACUGGGUGGCCAUCUUGGAUUCCCCAACUCUGACCGGUGCAGCAAAGGGCCCAGGGGACAACGUCACUGAACAGGCCAGGACCAGAAGCGACAUAGUGGAGUCUGCAGUCAAUGAGGACUUGUUGAUAUCCAGUGUUGCAGGUGGGAGAGACUGGACCUCUGAGGUGGCUGGUCACAAACCCUGGCCCCGGAUCAGGAUCAUGGAUCAGGAGCCGCCACUCUUCCUUCCUGAGUCGGAUCCGCGACAGAGAAUCCACCACCACACAGAACACAACCAGUGGACAGGUGGACUGAACAAUCACAGUCCUGGUGGUCAUCAGAGAGACCGAGGCUCCAGUCAGGGAUCCAGUCUGCAGCCCAGACCCUUCUCUUCACAAUCUCAGUGCAGGGAUGAAGCAGGGCCUGGGGCUGAUAGAGAUGGACCCUCCUGUUCCUAUGAUACAAACACUGCAGUAUCCAUGAUGAACAGAGCAGGUCACCCUGAGCUUCAGCCUUCAGAGAGAGUGGUGGGAGACUCCCCUGAUGGGAAUCUAACAGGACAUAUGUCUUCUCUUUCAGGGUCUCGUCUAAUGCCUAGUGACUGGGUUCAUAAAAGGCCUGGACCUGGGUCUAGUCUUCCUCAGCUACCUCAUCGUUACCCUACCAACACAACACACAAUUCCAACAACACCCAAACAAUGGCUAGAGGUCAAGGAGAGAGCUCAAACACUAACCACAUGAGGGUGGUGGCUCCUACUUCUACCUCCUCUGGUGUCAUUGGGUCACAAUGUGGGAGGCUGAGUAUUAGGACGGAUGCCGACAAGCCAUACGCCUGCCCCACAUGUGGGAAGCGCUUCGCUCAGGCGAAUUAUGUGAAGAUGCAUCAGACUGUUCACACCAAGGAGAAGCCCUUCAAGUGCAAACUAUGUUACAAGAGCUUCUCCUUCCUGACUAACCUUACCAGACAUAGGAGUGUCCACAAUGGGGAGAAAUCAUAGCAGUGUGGUUUUAGAUGUACACAGAGGAUAUCUGGGAACUAUUCUUUAGCUGACAUAUUAUCGCUAUCUUGUGAAGUGUCUUGGGGUAAGUCCCUCAGUUCAGUGGCGACCCCAGACAUUUUUCAUAGGGGUGGCCAGAUGGGGCCACUGAAAAUAUUGGGUGGCAGACCAAAACCAAAAGCCUUAACUGAAUUUCAGGAAUUCUAUUAUGCUGUUGUAGUAUAUAGGCAAGUUGAAAACAAUGUCAAAAUGAGAGUUAAAGAAUCGCAUACGGAUAUACUUUGGUUUCUUAUUUUACAGUUAAUGUUACUAUUUAUCUGAUGUGCAUAGACUAAUACCGGUACAAUUAACAUUUUGAGUUCCACAACAAUCCUGUUUUAAUGUGUCAUGUAUCUGUAUAUACAUGUGUUUAGGCGAUUCAUUGUUCGUCAAAUAGGCUUGUUGUCCUUUUCCUUAAAAAGACAAAUAUAAAGCUUUAAUUUGAAGGAGUA